CUGAGUAUAGUCAACAGUGUGAAUGAAGAGAAGGUCUGGGAGGGAAUGUUGCCAGCACAGAUUCCAACUGAAAUUAUGAUGAUGCCACAUGCAAACAACAUGUUUGUGGAAUGGCAUGGAAACUACAGUGAGUCAGUACUUCAAGGUGUUUUUGCAAUCAAUAACUAUCAAAAUGUCAACUCUACAAUGAAUCUGAUGGGUAAUUUCAAACUGAUGGUUGAACCACUAUGGUUUGCUUCUUUGGAUAAUAUUGUAGUAUCAGGACAAAAAUAUGUUUCUCAAAUUUACCUUCAAGGUAACGAGCAGCCUGCAGUUAAUAACUACAAGUUGGCUGGAGAUGAUACAGAUUCCUUUGUACCAAUUAUAUUACAAGGUGAUUACUCUGCUGAUAAGAAGGUUUUCUUCUGGAAUGGGAACUUCAUAAUAUCAUUUAGAGCACCCAAGCCUGAUAAUGAAGAGACCAUUAAACUGAUGGCAAAGAAAGAUAGUUAUGUUACAGUGAAACCAACCAAGUCACCCAAGCCUACAAAAGCACCGAAGCCCACUAAACCUCCCAAACCUCCAUCCCCAAUUAAACUCAGCGUGUCACUGACAGUUGUUUCUGGAGUAGUAUCAGCAGGAUUCGAGAAUGCAACAGAAGUAUGGAAUGGAACACCUCCUGUCACCAUGACUUUGGAUAAUGUCCUUGAAGAAGAGUCUUACACAACUUCAGCCCAGGUCACUUGGACUGGCACUGUUGAUAAAACUAAUUUUGAAGGCACCUUUUCUGUACCCACAACAUUCAAGAAUGAGACAGACACAACCACAGUAGAAUGGAAAGGAAGUUUCUCUGUUAAAUAUAUGGUUAAAUGGAGUGGAAACCUGGAGUCAAUGGUUAAAGAUGGAAGAAAGCUAACAUGCAAAGUCAUAUUCAAAGAGUUUGGUCAGAAAUCGAUCAAUCCCAUGAGCAGCACUAAACAACAGCUAAAGGCAGCUAAACCUGAAAUUGAUGUUGAGUCAUUGGGUUCUCCUACAGCUUGCAAUGUCAUUCUUGUGGGUGUAUUCUAUAAGAAGCCAUUCUAUUGUAAGAUUUUGCCUUUCUUCUGCACUGACUCCACUAUUUUCACUUGGAAUGGAGAAGCUAUUCUGAGCUACUCAUACCCUCCCCCAGCCACAACCACACCCAGACCAGAGGAGGUCAUAGUCACAGACUCUCCCUCACCAAAUGAACUCAAAUUAUCAAAGGGGGCUCCUCCAUUCACGCCAUACUAUUUCCAUCGAGUAGUAAUUGGCAAAGUUAUUUCAGGAUAUAAAGGUGGACUGCAAGGUGAGAGCAAGAAAACUCUAUGGUCAGGAAAUGUGCCAGCUGCCAUCCCAUUCCCAGUUUUCUGGGCGCCAGUGACCACUUUGCCAGACACACCACCUGAUGCCUACAGCCAUGGUGUCAUUUGGUCGGGAUCAGCAUUCGGAUCAACAGUUGACUGCUCGUUCAAACUGCCUCAAUACAUUUCAAAUGGAGCAGGCAGUUCAAUGAGAUGGUGGAAUGGCAAUGUGAGGGUACACAUACAAUCGCUAUGGACAACUGGAAUUGGAGGCUUGAUUGUACCAGGCUUCAAAUAUUAUUCUAGAGUUGCUUUCAGAGAAACAAAGAAAUAUUCAGCAUCAGACUCAGACAUAACAGUAACUCAAAAUGAGAUCAACUCUGCUUAUGAUGCACCUCUAAUUCUCCUUGGAAACUAUUCACCUGACAGAAAAGUGUUCUAUUGGUCUGGCAAUUUUAUACUUGUCUUCAGAAAUUUGCCUUCUCCAUACACUUAUGACUUGCCAGCACCGGCACCCUUCACUCCAAGUGAUCCAGCAAGCAUAGUCCAGAAACCACUGAAACAAAGUAUGGAUGGAAGUAAAAGUCUGGCUUCAGCCAAACAGAAACCAAUAGUUGCAAAAGUUCUAUCAGGCACCAUUGUAGCUGGCACAAGUCCAUUGAGCAAGAGCACCGUUUGGUCUGGCGAUCUUCCCACGGAAAUUCCCCUAUCUGUGUUCUGGACUCCAGGUAUUGAUUCGGAAAGUCUUGACACCGAUUCAUUCAGUCAUGGUGUGAUAUGGUCAGGAGCCGUGUUUGGAAAUACGGCGCAGUGUUCAUUCUACCUGCCACAGCACACGCUGGUUGGAAAGGCAGCUGCAACCAAAUGGUGGAAGGGAGAUAUGUCCUUGAAAAUAGAAUCAGCUUGGGACAUUGGACUAGCACAGAUGAUUGCCCCAGGACUACAAUACAGUUCUAGAGUGACAUUUGGAGACGAGAAAAGCAUGACAAAAUUACUAGCUUAUGCUCCAUCUCAGGAUGUAAUAGACUCAUCUUUCAAAGCACCUAUCACAUUACUGGGGAAAUACUCAGCUAACAAGAAGACAUUCUAUUGGUCUGGUAACUUCAUCAUCAAAUUUCACUACUACCCAGGAACUUUCAUGAACGAACUAAUGAUGCCAAUGGGUCCACAAAAUAUGCAACAGAUGAAAUUUGUCAAGAAGGCAGGUAUUGCUGAUGCUAGCUUGCGGAAAAAUGUUGCUGUCAUUGUGAAGUCUGGCUCUAUAACAAGUAUGGAGAAUGCAGGAAAGUUGUGGUCGGGAGAGAUGCCGACAACUAUACCUGUAGUGAACGGUAGCAGCAGCAUGCUUGUCAAUUGGACUGGCAGCAUUCAAGAUUCAGUAUUAUCUGGAGAGUACUCAUUAUCUGAAUUUAUGAAAGGACAACAGUUCCCCACCAGCUUAUCCAGUGAAUUUUCAUUGAAUAUCGAUCCCAUGUGGAACAACUUUGACACAUUCAUGACAGCCGGUCAGACCUUCACAUCAAAGAUCAUAAUGAGAGAGAUGCGUACCCCUAGUCUUAGUUCUGUGAGUUUGUCUGCAUCGGGAGCUCCAAUGGGUACAAUAAUCCUUCUAGGUCAGUACUCGUCUGACAAAUCUCAUUUUACAUGGUUUGGACAAACAAUUAUAAAUGUAUAUUGAAUAGACAUCAAAAAUCUCAACAGAUCAAAGUUUCAAAUCGCACAGUUCAGAAAUCAAAAUAGUAUGAAGAUUGGGACCGUGAACGUGAGAUUUAAAUUCAAAUUAGAUCUUGAUUGUAUGUAUUUGCGACUUUCAAUAAGAAGCAUCAUCUAUUAGGAAAUGUAUCAAUGUGCAAUCUAUUUGAAUCAAUUUAUAAUAGUUUUAUACCUUGCUCAAACAUGGAUAAACUUUGUGCUAUGAAAAUACUGAAUUGACAUGACUGCUAAGAUAUUAAGUUCACUGCAUUGUAGUCACAGAAGAUUAAACACUAAGUGAAGCAUUAACAAUAGAAUAAGACUUAUUUGGUAACCAUACAAUAGGGUAAAUGGUAAUUGGGAGAAUCAUCUUGAAAAUAAGUUAUUAUUGAUUGAAAUUAAAAUAUUUUGAAUUUAUUAACGUUAAAAUUGUACUUAUGGAGUGAUACAUUCUGAUUCAUUUCAAUUGAGAUGAAAUAUGGAGUACCGUGCUUGAUAGAAUUAUAAAAAAAAAAUGUAAUCCAAUCAACAAAAUGCAAUGAGUACUGUAAUUUAUAUUAAGUAAAAACUUAUAUUGUUUGCAAUAUUUUAUUCGUUUAGUAUAGGUUAUAAUUUUAAAAAUGUAAGAUAGUUCUAUUGUUCACAGAAUAAUGUACUGUAUUUGUAUGUGAUAUUAUUUUUCAUAUGAAUAAAACUAUAAAUAGGGAA